AUGGCCACCCAGAAUCGUCUCAAAGUUGCCUUGAUUGGCUUAGGCCGUCUAGGUGCCAUCCGGGCACGCAUUCUCGCUUUCCAGCAACCUCGCAUCGAGCUCGUCGCCGCUUGCGACACGAAGCCCGGCACCGACGAAUGGGUGGCGGCCAACCUUCCACCGUCCGUGAAGUACUAUGCGAAUCCUGAGGAUUGUAUGAAGAACAGUGGUGCGCAGGCCGUGCUCAUUUCCACUGCGACUGCCACCCAUGCUCCCCUGAUCUGUUUGGGUCUUGACCUGGAUUUACACGUUAUGUGUGAGAAGCCAAUUUCCGUGGAUGUCAUCACCACCGCAGAGAUCCUCGCCAAGGCGAAAUCCAAACCUCAUCUCAAAUUCUUGAUACCAUUUUGUCGACGCUAUGACGACUCGUACCGUGCUGCAAAAGAGAUGGUAGAGAAGGGCUUGUUGGGAGAGAUACAUGCCGUUGAAACUACCUGCCUCGAUCAGCAGGAUCCUACUGGAUUCUUCGUGACCUUCUCGGCGCAGUCUGGAGGUAUCUUCGUCGACAUGGGUGUUCACGACAUUGACAUUGGGCGAUAUUAUCUGGAUGUGAAGUCGGGCCUGACCAACCCCAAAAAGCAGGUUAACAGAGUAGUCGCCAUGGGGCAGCAGGCUGUCUACGGCGAUCUCGCCAAGUACGGAGACUGCGAUAAUGGCUGGGCUCUGGUCGAGUUUGCCAAUGGCAAGGUUCUAACCUCUCACCUGGGUCGUACACUUACCAACGGCUUCGAGAGCUGCACCCGCGUGUGUGGCACCAAGGCCCAUUCCGUUGUUAACGGAAACUCGACAAUCAAUCGUGUUGAAAUUCGUGACGCUCACGGUGUACGGACGGCGACCACCCCUGAUGCAUUCGUUCUAUACGAUAAGUCGUUCCUGAACGACCUCGCCGAGUUCGCUAAUGCUGUGCUCGACGACAAGCCCUUGACUUGCACUCCGGACGAUGCCUAUGAAGCGGCCAAGAUUGCCACUGCUUUGCAGUACUCAUUCCGGAAAGGUGUGCCUGUCUACUUUGAUGACGAGGGCCUUCCUAUCAUGGAAGACUCUAAGUGA